AUGUCAGACAUUUCUAGCAAUAAGAGACCAUUGGAAGAUGAGUCUGAUCCCGAAAUAAAAAAAAUCAAGCCAGACACCUCGUCCGCAAGUUUACCUGAAAAGGUGGAUGAGCCCAAGGCAGAAGCUAAUGAGAAACCUAAGGUGGAAGCAACAGUAGAGGAAGAUAAGGAAAAGAAAACAGAUGCUAAACCAUCAAUUGUACCCCAUCCAAGUUCAGAGGACAAAGAAAAUGGAGAAACAACCAAAAAGUACACGUUUGGUGGUAAUCUGUUUAAGCUUAACUCAAAUAGUUCUAAGGCGUCUGGCCCCACCUUUGGAUCUUCUAGUUCAUUUGGAAAAGUACCAGACACUGAAGAAAAGAAAAAGGAUGAUAAAGAAAUAGGAAAUGUGACAUCUAUUGAAGCAGACAAGGAAGAGAAAAAAGAGGAAGAGAGUUCUACCAAACCAGCAGCUUCAAAGCCAUCGACCUUUGGGUCUUCGUUUGGGUCUUCAUUUGGUUCUUCAUUUGGUUCCAAUUCCAAGUUUGGUAAUGCCUUCCAACAAUCGUUGAAGAAAAAGUCAUUUUUGGACGAAGAAGUAAAGGAAACUAAGGAAGAGACCAGCUCAGAGAGCACACCAAUAAAGGAGGUUGCUGAGCCUGAGAAGUCAGGCUCUCCAGCUGAAGCGUCAGCCAAAGAGGAAGCUGCCCCUCAACAGUAUAAACAGGUGGAGUUGAGCCAAGUUAAACAAAUCAAAACAGGAGAGGAAAAUGAAUUAUCUAUAUUCAAUUCAAACACGAAACUAUUCGAAUUGAACUUGACGAAGAUAAAAGAAGGUUGGAAGGAGAGAGGAUUGGGUCAGUUGCACUUGAACCAAUCUAUUGAAGACAAGCUGCAAGCCAGGCUAGUUAUGAGAUCCCAAGGGUUGCUCAGAGUAAUUUUAAACAUGAAAAUAGCCAAAGAUACCAAUGUUAUGAAGGGAUUAGAGGCCAGCUUAUCUCCUGGUAAAUAUAUCAGACUAAAUUCUAUAGGCGAGGAGGGUGUACCUGUGCAAUAUCUUUUGAAGUUUGGGUCUGAAGCAAUAAGAGACAAAUUAUUCGAUAAGAUCGAAGAGUUGAAGCUGAGUUUGAGCUGA